AUGUCGUCUUCCAACUCGAGCACCAGUGUAUGGGACAUGCCUGCACAUGAAACUCUUCUUGGCCAAGUCACCAUUGUCCUCGCCUGUGCCUCGAUCACCAUUUUGUACAGGGUUAUCCACCGCGUCAUUGUGAGUUCAUAAACCUUUUUUAGCUCUCCUUUGGUUGUAACAUUUUUUUGAAUUUCUGAAUUUUUAUUCAAGAAAAUUUGCGAGAUUUACGAGUGGGCUCUGAAGAAUUUUUACAAUUUUUUUUCUCAAAUUGGGGGUGCUGCUCUUUUAAACUUCAGUACAGAAAAAGAUCCUAACGUCUUUUUUUCAGCCCCGUAUUUGGGAACACCAUGUUCGGAACAGACGCGCAAACGCUCGCCCACGCCGUAACCGCCGUAAAUAACUUUAUAAUACGAAACUCUGAGCAUCCUUGUAUUUUUGUUGAAAUGCCGUAGACUUUUUUCAUAUUGAGCGAUGAUUGUUAUCAAAUUUUGAUUUUUCGUCUGAAGUAAACACUUUUCAAAUUGAAGUUGAAACUGUUGAAACUACCGUUCAUUUUCUUGAGAAAGAGUAAACAGAAGUUAGACACUUUCUGUAAGAAUUUUGUGGUCCGUCUGAUCUUGGGAAAAAUCUUGAAAGUUCGCAAGAUUUGAAUCGACUUGAAAAAGCUGAUUUUAAUGUGAAGUUUGGAGUUUACCACAGAACUGUUUCUGAUAAUUUAUUUAAAACCUUUCACAGUCGCCGAUUGCGUCUCAAUUCCAAAUUAGCGAGUAUUUCGUUCGAAGCCCGAUUCUGCGUUUAAAGUGAACUUCGGAAAAUCUUCAAAACUGAAAGUUCGCGCAAAGGAUGUGGCGUGGCUAGGAAAGAUCUUCAUCUAGACCGGGAAAGAUAUUCUUCCUUUAGAAAGCGUCUCAGCGAGUUUAUAAGAAAUUUCGAACUUGCACGUGAGAUACUUCCGUGAUUACAAAAUAAGCGAAAAGGCUUUUUAUAACAUUAUUUUUCAACAAAUUACAAAAAGGUAAAUUUGAAAGAAAAAAACCAAGUUAUUCUGACUUCUAUUUAUUAACCUUUAGCGGCCUUACAGUAAUCUCCAAAGCGCAAAGAAAUUGGAUUUUUGCAGACUCGAACGUAGCCAUCCCAGUUUGCAACUCGAGUGUUCUGUAAGAACAGAAAAAGUUGCCUGAGGAGAUUCCAGAACAAUCGAAACGAUUUGAAUUGAUGGCUGGGCUGUCUCUACUUCUGGCGCGGACGACCGCCUCCUUCUCAACUUUUUUCUGCGUGCGCUCGGACGCAAUUCAAAUUUUCUCACUGUUUAUGGCGUUCGAGGGCGAGCCGUCGACGAACUCGAAUCCUCGGGUGUCCAAGAAACGCCUGCAUCAAUCGAUAUCAUCCUGGCCGAAAUGCCAAAAAAGCCCUUCGCGCCUUUUGUUUCCGACGGCGCCACAGUCUGCAACCAUCAAUAAUCUUCUCGGUGUAAAACAGUUCUUUUUUUCCGUGGCGUCCGAAAACCCAAUGCCCUUAUAUACGUCAAUUACUCUGCCUCGUUCCACCUGAUGCGUGACCCUUUCCAAGUUGGAAUAACUGUUUUCUUGUUGAUAUAGUUUACAUUUCAAAAUUCAGACCUUGAAAAAGAUUUUCCUUUUUUUGACAAAACAAGAUAGUUUAAAAAAAGAUUUCGAUCAAGAAAAAAAAAUAGCCUCAUUUUCUUACUUGUUAUCAAUCAUUUUCAAGCCUUUUUCUGCGAUUAUGAGUAAAUACUCAUUCAGUGCGUCCAGAUGGCGGAAAGUCCGGGCCUGGUCAAGUUCCUCGACAGGUUCGGGUUGGUCGAUCUUGGCUGGAACGUCAUCGACUUACUCAGCCGUCCGAUUUUCCCAGAUCUCAGUAAGUUUAUUUCUUACAACUUUUUAUAUAAGAACGUCUAACCUUUCAAUACUGAUUGAAAAUGAUAAAAAAGGGUUAAAAAACCAGUUAAAAUGGAGCUCUUGCCUAUGGACACUUCUGAAAGUUUUUCCAGACUUUUUAUCUUCUGAAAAGCUGUCUAGGAAGAUGCAGCGUAUGAAAAUGAGUAAGCGAAAUUAUUGAACUUAAAUUCGAAAGUUUUUUUUUGAUCCCUAGUUUGCCUUGAGUUCGAACGUAUUUUAUAUAGCCUCUCUAAAAAAAGCUGAGGAUUCUGGGUGAAAGGUUCCAUUUCAUCACAUCUUCUCGGUUCUGCAAUGUUUAUGAUGAGAAAAGCUUUGUAUGAACCUUCCGCUGACCUCGCGGCACGCUUUCUUUUGACUGUUGCUCGUGAGAAACACAUCUGGGACAUCUCCUUUUGUGUUUGGCAAGCGUCUCACACAUGUGGAAAAUAAUUUGUCUGUUCCGUACUUUUGGAAUUUUUUGAGAAGCAUCGAAAAAUGAUGAUCGCAGACAUUAACUUCGAGAUGAUACGGCAAAUUCCCCGAUGAAUGUAAAAAUAAACCAAUUUUUUCCUGACACGCCUUUUAGACGAAAAUGUCGGAAAAGAAGUUUCCGCGGAAUUCCUUCAUCUUGUGUAAUAUUUUUUACCCGAAAAAAAAGUGGGAGACCUAUGCCUCUAAAUUUUUGUUUUUUGGAAUGACCAGCUUUCAUAUUAAUGAUAGUGUUUGAAAAUGCGAGAAAGAGAAGAUCAAGGCGUUUUUCUCUCAAUUUUGAAAAAUAAAGACGCCUUCUUAAGAGUACCAACAUUAAGAAUAAAUCAUUAUACCAGCAAUGAAGGGGUAUUUCGUAAAAAUACAUAGCUCAUCAUCAUCAUCGAUUUUUCAGGCAAGGGCGACAAAAUCGCUGGCUCGCUGGUGGUUCUGAUACAGGCGGUGAUGAUCGCCUUGCUGCAACAUUGCAGCAAGGCGAUCACGCAAGACUUCAUCAUCUACUGCAUAGGCUUAAUGGGUUUCGCCAUGGUUCUCCUCAUCACCAGAGGACGUCUCGGCAUCUGGUUGAUCCUGUGCAUCUCCUUCGUCGACAUUCGUCACAUGAUUGGAGUUGUCGCUGCUAGCGAGUUCAACUUCCAUUCCGCCCUGUACGCCUACCUGUCCACCAUCAUCGUGUCGGUCAUUGCUGUGUGCGCUCUCUCCGACUUCGAGCUCCUUCCUGGCUAA